GUAAUCUCCACACUCGCCUGUACCCUCCAUACUCUCGUCAGAAGCUUAGGAAAACAUUUCUGAUUUUCAGAAGAAGAAGAAGAAAUAUCUCAUUUCGAAACCAAGCUUCGAUCAAAAUGAUGAGAGCCAUUUCUCUCUCACGUCCUAGUCUUCUGAGCCCUCUCUUCCAAACACUCAAUUCUCUCCUAUCGCUAUCAUGCUCCGGCCGGAUCCUCCCGGCGCCGCCGAUAAGGGUUCCGUCGGCGCCGUACUCCAGUGAUUCGACGGCGUACGAGGAUGUUCCGGGCCUUGAAAGUCUCCCAAAGCUGUUCGUGGUUCAGCCCCGUCUCCGUCCGGAUCCCAUUCUGCAGGCCAAGCUCAACGAAGCACUCUGCCUCGCGAACUCUCUAGAAGAACAGCGUGACGGCGGCUUCGGCGUCGAUUACUCCGACAAGGACGUUCCUAACCACAUUGUCGUUCAAAACCCUUCGGCUAAAGGCCACAAGGCACGCGCUGACACAUAUUUUGGUUUAGGGACAGUGGAAAAUGUUAAAAUCCAGCUAAAUCUUUUGGAAUCAAAGGGUGUGGUGGAUGCUGUUUUUGUAAACACAAUUUUAUCCGGGCAUCAGCAAAGGAAUUUGGAGAGAGCUUGGGGCAAACCUGUGCUUGACCGUGUGGCUCUUAUAAUUGAGAUCUUCAAUGCUCAUGCCUACACAAAAGAGGCAAAGUUACAGGCUGAAUUAGCAGCUCUAAUGUACAAGAAAAGCAGACUUGUUCGUGUUCGUAGUGACGAUGGACGCUACACUUUUGGAUUCGAUGGAGAAGCUGAAGUUGUUAGCGCCCGGGGGAGAGGAAGUGGUGGGCGUGGAUUUAUAAGUGGUGCUGGAGAAACUGAACUUCAACUUCAACGACGAAGAAUUUCAGAACGGAGGAAAAUUUUGUUAACACAAGUUGAAGAGGUUCAUCGAACUCGAGCGUUGCAACGGGCUUCUCGUAAGAGACGUGGUGGAUCACAUGGUCAAGGUUUACCUACUGUUGCUGUUGUUGGCUAUACAAAUGCCGGGAAAUCAACUUUAGUCAGUGCACUCUCAGACAGUCCUCUCUAUAGUGAUGACCGACUCUUUGCAACUGUGGAUCCGACUGUAAGAAGUGCAGUUCUUCCUUCAGGAAGGAAAGUGCUCCUAAGUGAUACAGUAGGAUUCAUAUCAAAUUUGCCAGUGCAGUUAGUUGAAGCGUUUCAUGCAACUUUAGAAGAGGUGGCGGAAGCUGAUCUGCUUGUGCAUGUGUUGGACUGUACUGCCCCCAAUCUUGAGGAGCACCGGUCAACUGUACUUAGCGUUCUUGAGCAAAUUGGGGUAUCAAAAGAGAAGGUUGACGAUAUGAUUGAAGUUUGGAAUAAGAUUGAUAAUCAAGAGGGGGGUAUGGACGGAGAUGAAUAUCCUGAUGAUGCUGAAGAUGGUCAAGCUAGCGAGUUUUCCGGAGAAGAAGAGGACGAUAUGGCGUCUGAGCAAUCACUAAGUGCUGGAAACAAUCAGGCCGACAGUUCCGAUGCCUACGAACUAUCAACAGACAAUGUUGAAGCUAUGGAUGACGCAAAAGAUGACUACACUGAUGGCUGUUUGGCAUCGGAAGAUGACCGAAACCCUUUGAGUGAUGAGGAUGGCUCUUUUGUCCCACAGAAGACUACGGAUGCCCAACAAAUUCAGUGUUCGAAUGAAUCGCGUCAUUCUCAAGUAGAUCAGUCUGGUCCACAUGUCAAAACAUCCGCGUUAACAGGAGUUGGUUUGCAAGAGUUGCUUCAAAUCAUUGACGAGAGGCUAAGGGACCAAGAUGACAAGGUGAAGGCCAAGUAUGUUGUGGAAAGGAGUGCAUUUGGUCAAAAAUGGAGGCCCCCUCGCGAAGAGGAGACUGCAGUAGCAGUUUGAUGCACAUUACAGUCUUCCUCUUUGCUACCUUGACCUUGGGCUAUUUGAUAAAUGGUGACCCAACUAAUUGAAUAAGCUCUUCUCACGCUUGGAAGUUUUGGGGAGAUGUGGUAAAUAGAUUUUUGUUUUUUUUACGGAGGUAAAAUGGUAGAAUUUUUUCGGUAAGAUAGUAAAUAGAAGUAAAUCUGAGAUUUAUCAUAUCUAUUUCAUGAUCGAAUUUGGUAAA